UUGUGAUAAAGUUAACCCAGCGACAGAAGACUAGCGGGAAGGUAAAAUGUCUAAUUCCGCACCCUAUCAUGGGAACACAUGGAGGUCUUCUGGGGUGGCACGUGGAAAGAGACCACCGGAUUUGGAGCUGUCGGAAACCACCUUUAGAGCGCCUGAAGCACGGACACCUGUGGGCAACGACACUUUUUCUGACAGAGACAAAAUGCCUGAGGACGGUAACCAUACCACCGACGUCCCCCCUGUUCACAUCCACCCGUACUUAUCUCAUCCCCGGAUGUCUGUGCGUAUGUCGGUGUACAGCACCGGGGUCCGUCCGGUCCUCACCCGCGCCUACAUCCAAGGACGCGUGUAUAACUUUCUGGAAAGGCCGUCUGGCUGGAAAUGCUUCGUGUAUCACUUCACAGUGUUUCUCAUAGUCCUGGCCUGUCUGAUCCUCAGCGUUCUGUCUACCAUCGACCAGUACCAGGCCUUGGCUCACACAACACUCUUCUGGGUGGAGAUCAUCCUUGUGGUGUUCUUCGGUGUGGAAUAUUUUGUCCGCCUCUGGUCAGCAGGCUGCCGCAGUAAAUAUGUUGGCAUUUGGGGCCGACUACGCUUUGCCAGGAAGCCAAUAUCUAUUAUAGAUUUGAUUGUAGUCGUUGCAUCAGUAGUUGUGCUGUCAGUGGGAUCCAAAGGCCAGGUCUUUGCCACCUCUGCUGUAAGAGGGAUUCGCUUCUUGCAGAUCCUGCGAAUGCUCCAUGUGGAUCGGCAGGGAGGAACCUGGCGUCUCCUCGGCUCUGUUGUCUUCAUUCAUCGGCAGGAGCUGAUCACUACCUUAUACAUUGGCUUUCUUAGCCUGAUCUUCUCCUCGUACUUUGUCUACCUGGCAGAGAAAGAUGCAGUCGACAGCAGCGGCUCCACGGAGUUUGGAAAUUACGCUGAUGCCCUGUGGUGGGGAGUGGUGACAGUGACUACCAUUGGAUAUGGAGACAAAGUGCCACAAACCUGGAUUGGAAAGACCAUUGCGUCCUGUUUCUCAGUCUUUGCCAUUUCCUUCUUUGCUCUGCCUGCAGGAAUCUUAGGUUCAGGCUUUGCCCUGAAGGUGCAGCAGAAGCAAAGACAGAAACACUUCAAUAGACAGAUCCCUGCAGCUGCCUGUCUCAUUCAGACAUCAUGGAGAUGUUUUGCGGUGGAGAACUUGGAUUCUGUCACAUUCAAGAUGUUUUUGAGGAAGAGAUCCAACAUCCCCGCCUCCUCUCUGUCCACCCCCAAGCCCAAGAAAUCGGUGAAGAUAAGGAGGAAGUUGAAGAGCACUGACAAGGACAACGGUCCAACUUCUCCCACAAUUCCCAGCAUCACCUACGACUCUGUAUUUGACAGUGGGAGGGAGCUGAGUUCAGAUGUUUACAGCACUGUGGGCACAGCUGGUUUAGCAGGAUCCCACACUUUGAGAGGAUGUGAUCUCCAGCAGUCCUGGACGUCUUUAUCUUCCCUUCAAUUCAGCUCACCACCUCCAGUGAAAAAAAGCCCUGGCCUUUUGGAUGUCCACUCCCCGGGCCCCCUCCAGAGGAACUGCAGCUUUGCAGACGACCUGGAGCUGGAGCCAGAGCGAGAGAGUGAACUGAUUCCUGCCACCUCAGUGUCACAAUUGACAGAGUCACACCGAAAAGCCAUCCGGGUGAUCCAGAGAAUGCGUUAUUUUGUGGCCAAGAGAAAUUUUCAGCAAGCUCGUAAGCCGUAUGAUGUGCGAGACGUUAUUGAGCAAUACUCCCAGGGUCACCUGCACCUCAUGGUGCGAAUCAAGGAGCUGCAGAGAAGACUGGACCAGUCUUUAGGGAAGAUAACUUUGUUCCAGACAGGCUCAGACCGAGCCAGAGACAAAGGCAACAACUCUAUCGGAUCCAGACUCAACAGGAUGGAGGACAAGAUAACACACAUGGACCAGACGCUAAACCGUGUCGCAGAAUCCCUGGCCUUCCUGCUGGACCAGAAGGACGUCGGCGAGGGCGAAGGUGGAGGCAGGCAGAGGCCACGGGUUGGACGGGUCUUUAAUGUCCUCCCCAGCCAGGACAGCCUGCCAAGCUACGACCAGCUAUCUUCAUCACCUUCAUCCUUCUCCUCCAACACCGCCAGCACCGCGGUCUUCCCCAACCCUCCCCUCAGCACCACCGCCAGUCAGGAUGAGAACUGCUGA